AUGUUAAGCAGCAGCGACGUCGACGCACAGGAACGACUGCUCCAAGCACCACUCGAUCCGCAGCAAGCGGCAAUGAGCAACAGUGGAAAUCUGAGUAAUAUCCGUCAGCAGGAGAUUGGCGGAGUGAACGGCUUGACGCCGCUCUCAAUCCUGUCGACGCCGUCUACGUAUUGGCAAAAAAUGAAGAUGAUGGAAGCGGCAGCGCUUAUGCGCUACUUGCGCUAUGCGAACGUAAUGUUGGCGGUGCUGCAGGCGCUCGCAGGCUUCAUGGGACUGUUUAAUCUCGUCGUGCUCGACAUCACGUGCUUCUUCAUCUCGAUCUAUGCCAUCAUAUUUGCACUGCUGCUGCUGGCCUUUGAAUGCCGGUUCAAGCACAUGGAACCCUGGAUCCGCCAACAAUUUGGCUUUUUGUUUACGUACCGUGGACGUACAGCCUUCAUCUUUGCGGUCGGCUUCAUGGACUUUGGCAUGGACAGCUCCCUCGCCUAUUUCGUGGGCUUGCUCAUGUGUGGCAAUGCCGUUUUGAGCCUCGUCAUUAUGCUAUUCCAUCCGCAGUUCCGUCAAGGAACAUUGGAUGUAAACAUGGACCCGACGGCCACAUACCGUCCUGCAGUCGAAGAAACCGAGACGCUACUGCGUCGACACGAAGGACUGGCGUCAGCUGCUGGUGCUUAUGUGCUUCAUGAAGCUGAAGAACAUCCGGAAUUUAUGGCCAAGAUGGCCCAAUCGUACGCUUCAAAGCAUGGAUAUGUGCCUCCUAUGCAAAAGUAG